GGCUGACGAUGACGAAGAAGAAGAAUACGACGACGCCGGAAAACGCCAUUUUGUUGUUGAGCAAGAGAAGAGAAGAAGGAUCGAGAAGCAUUAGGAAAGUGUGGUGCAACUUUUUUAGAGACGUGACUGCUCGAUAUCCUUUGUCCUUCUGCUGGUGAGCCAAGAUGGGGAAUAUUGCUAGCCUGUUUAAAGGGUUGUUUGGCAAGAAAGAGAUGAGGAUCCUGAUGGUAGGACUGGAUGCUGCGGGAAAGACCACCAUCCUGUACAAGCUCAAACUGGGAGAAAUUGUUACCACAAUCCCUACCAUUGGUUUUAAUGUAGAGACGGUAGAAUUCAAGAACAUCAGUUUUACAGUGUGGGAUGUCGGUGGUCAGGACAAGAUCAGGCCGCUCUGGAGGCAUUACUUCCAAAACACACAAGGCCUUAUCUUCGUAGUAGACAGUAAUGACAGGGAACGAGUCGGUGAGGCAAAGGAGGAGCUGAUGCGAAUGCUGGCUGAGGACGAGCUGAGGGAUGCCGUGUUGCUCGUGUUUGCCAACAAACAGGACCUGCCCAACGCCAUGAAUGCAGCUGAGAUCACAGACAAGCUGACCCUGCACUCCCUGCGCCAACGUAACUGGUAUAUCCAGGCCACAUGCGCCACCAGUGGAGAUGGUCUCUAUGAGGGUCUGGACUGGCUUUCAAGCCAGCUGAAAAACGCAAAAUGAUCCAUCACUCCCCCUCCUGUCUGUCAUCUCUGUCUGCAGUGUAAUGGGAGACUGCACUGGUCCUGGUCUGGCUCACUCCUCUUCUCCUCUCUUUCCUCUGAAGAGUUGGACCAUUGGCCAGUGCUCCCCGCUCACUGCAUCUGUGUACUGUAUGUAUGUUUGGAUGAGUAUUUUUUUUGGAUGAAUGAAUGUAUGUGUGAGCCGAGUGGGAGCAGCCCUGCUGUGCCUUGACCACAGUUAACUCUUAAACACCUCCUCCCACUUCCAAUGUCGGCACACCCAAAGGUACUGGUUUCCACAAAGCAAAAGACAACACGAGACAAGUCAUCUUUCAAGAAUGUUUGUUAAAAAGAUAAAUAUGAUUUACAUCUUUUAGCGGCAUGAAGGCCUUUAUGAUAACUGUUUAUUCACCAGUGAUAUUCGAUAGAAUAAAAUACCUGACAUCUAAAAUCAGUUCAGAUUAUUUUGAAAAUUGAGAUUUUGCAGAUUUAAGUUUCAACUCCUACAGCAAACACUGGAUGUUUUGUUGAUUCUCUUAUAGUUGUUUGAACUCUCAAGUCCAUAUCCUGCAUCAGCAUCAGUCCCUCCUCCCUGACCCUGACCCUUUCAUUAGGUCUCUUAUUUUACACACACAGGCUUAAGAAGAUCUGUCACAGCUGUGUCUGGAACAGGCAAUAAAUGUAGUCAGCGCAUGUUUACAUAAAUAGAGGUGUGUUGAGUGUAGCUACAGCAUCAUUGGUGGAUGUGUGUAUCCUCUGGGUGCUGUGUGGGUGUCAGCUACAUCCAGUCCAUUGGAACGACGAGGCCUUUUUUUUUUUUUUUUUUUUUUUUUUUUUUUUUUUUUAAGAGUUGCUCCCACUCUGGCUUUUUAUUUACUGAUAGUCUUAUUUUCGCUUGUAUGUAGUUCUUUUGGUUUAGGGUCUGUACUCUGUUUUAUUUUAUAGUUUUUUUUUAUGUUACUGUUGAUGCAUGCAUGACCUGGUUUACUUCAGCAUGAGCUGACAUGCCAGGUGUGCAGUGUUUCGAGUAAAAUGCUCUCGGGACCAAUUGGUUGGAUUCAGGAAUGGCUCAUUGUGUUUGGUUCAGCUAUGGAUUCGCCCGCAGAGCGUGAAGUCGCCUCCUCUGUUGUUUUCCGGAGGGCACACACGCUCUUGACCAAAUUGUCAGUGUUGUGAUAGACGGUACAGUUGAUCUGUAAGUGUUUGCUCUGGCCUGCUGUAUGAAUCAGCACUGUAAAUGCCUCCUCAAUGCUUCAGGCUGUAUGGUGUUUUCCCUGCAUGUAUCCAGGGUGCUUCUCCUGGUGUUAUUUACAUCGUGUCCCUGUGAUGCCAUUUGCAUAACCUCAUCAGCUUGCACAACACAGGCCUGUGUUAAGAAAGCAGUUUAUCCAUCAGCCUUUGCAAUGAACCCAUAGACAAUAACUCUUCCCAUUGCUCUACACCAGCAGACAGUUAAAAUGUGCACGUGAGAAUGUUACCCUAGAUCAGCCAGUAAUAGAAUAGUUUCCCACACAUGCAUUGAUCCCAAAUGCUCCUGCAAUUAAUAAGAAAACAAUCUUGAACAGUGCACACCCAUUACUGAGUGAAGAUGACUUUAAGGUCAUAAUAUCACACUGACCUCUAAAGGGAAAUUCACUUUCCCUCUUUUGUUUUUCUAUAACUGGACAUUUAGAUGUUUUCUUGGAAAGUUUGAGUAACUGAAUGACUAAUCUUUUGGGCAUUCUCCGCCCUUACGUUAUGGUAUUUCCUUAAACAUCCGUAGAUUUCAUAGAUGCAUUACAUAAUCUGGUAUGCAGAAAGAAAUACAAAUGUAUAUAAUAUUCUGUAAGAAAAUGUAUUUUAACUUGACAUCGUCCACCUACCCUUGUUCAGAUGUGAAGCUUUAAUUUUCAAGACCGUUUCUGUACAAAUAACAAGGUAUGUGCAUAUGUAUUUCUUAAGUACCUUUUAUGCUUUUUUAAACUCAUCUUGUAACAUCUGAUAAAUGCACUAUAAUAAAGAGAUCUCUAUUAUA